GAAAACACAAGUGAAUCAGUCUGUUCCACUGACUCCCUGUGCCUCUCAGCUGUGUUAUUUCCUUCAUUUUCUCUUCUACUAUGGGUGUGGAAGACAUAUUGUACAAUGAGCUGGUCAAAUGGAUGGAGAAGCAGGAGGAAUGUGCAGAACACCUCAUGAAAUUGGCAAAAGAACUGGAGAAGAUGACGGAAGUUAUGACUGCCGGCCAGUUGGUGGGAAACACAGCAGCAGUGGUUGGGUCUGCUGUCCUGUUUGGAGCAGGCAUUGCAACUUUUCUGACAGGAGGCCUGGCUGCACCCUUGCUGGCCACAGUAGCAGGUGUUACAGCUGGAGUUGGUACUGUAACCAGUGUUACUUGUAAGAUUUUAGAGUGUUGGAAAUCCAGUGAAACAAUGAAAAAUGCAGAGAAGACUGCUGGGGAAGUUGAAAAGAUUUGGAAGCAUAUUGAAAGUCUCCAGGAACAACUAUCAGAGGAGUGUGAAUUGACUAAUGACUUCAAUGAAGUGCAGUGUGAAAUCACAGCAAGAAUCUUAAGAGCCAUGGCCAAACGGAAUGGGAGAGAUCUGCCCCAAAGUCGCCUAACUUACCUCUUGGGAAAUGACCACACAUAUUUUCAUACACAUCAAUCGUUUGUUCCAAGCGAAGGGUUAUUCAAGGGUGUCGGUAAUUUGUUAGCAUUUAUUGGAUUUACUGAAAUCUUUCUAAAAACAGCAGCUAAAAAAGGAGCAAAAUAUGUUCCACUUAUUCUGACUACUGAAGGAAUGGCUGCUAUUGCAUUGAAAGCUGUGGUAAAAGGAACAGGCCAGGUCGCAGGAGGAGCCCUUGGCCUGGUGCUCUCACUUCCAGAUCUGAUUGACAACUGUGAAAAACUGAUUAAGAACAAACAUCAGACAGAAGCUAGCAAAUAUCUGAGGAACAAAGCAUGUGAAAUUCGUGAUGCUGUCAAAAAAAUUAAAAAGCAAUUGACUGAAUUGCAAGAGAUGCUCAAUGAAAUCCCUGAAAUCGAGAUUCACAUUGAUUUGGCUACAGAGAUGUGUGGCAACCAAAGAUACACACGAGGCACCAUUUCCGUGGAGUCUAAAAAGACCAAAAAGCAUGAUGGAAAUAAAAAAGAGUUUAUUUUAAUAUCCACAAAAGUCAUGUGUGAAACCAAGACUGGUGACAAAAGUAAACAGAAAUCAGCUGUCAAUUCAAAUAACAAAAGACUGAAGGGGAAUGAAGAAAAGAGGAAAGAAGAGGAAAGAAGAAAAAAGGAAUUCCGCCUUCCUACAAUAACCAUGUCCAACGUGCGUUCUCUUUCAAACAAAAUGAAGGAGAUUAAAGAAAAGUUGAAGAAUGAUGAAUUCUUUGCCAGUGACGUGAUGUUCUUCACAGAGACAUGGUUAAAAAACAACUCCUCCCCAAUCGAUGUGGAUGGAUAUACAUCUUACAGGGUUGAUCGUGAUGCAGUGCUUACUCAAAAAAAUAGAGGAGGGGGAAUGAUAAUGCUUGUGAAACAGGAUUGGGCAAGUGAUGUGACGGUAAGAUACACUGACAAUACCCCAGACUAUGAGGUAAUGGAUGUGUCUAUUAAACCACAUGACCAUCCUCAGGAUGAUCCACCACUCACCUUCAUCCAUGUUUAUAUACCAGGGCCUAAUUUUGAUAAAGCUGCCGCUGACAUCACUCGUAUUUACUGUAAUGCUCUGGCGAGGUCUGGUUAUGGUCGUGUUUUCUUGUUGGGUGAUUUCAACAGGUGUAACAUCACUACUUUAAUAGACUACCUCCUAUGCCAAUACAUCACAUGCCCAACCAGACGCAAUAACACCCUGGAUAGGUGUUAUGGACAUGUGCCUGGUGCUUAUAGAAGUGUUUGCAGACCCCCACUUGGCCGGUCAGACCAUAAUGUUAUUCAUCUGAUUCCUAAAGAUCAGAAUGACCCUCCCAAAUAUGGGGAGUGUAAACAUGACCAUACCAAACCCAGUAAGCAAUGAGAUGUGAGGCUUAUUAAUAUUGAUAGCAUGUUUUGUCCUAUAGAUUUAGGUGGCUUUAGAUAAACUAAAAGAAAAAGCAUUGAAAAAGGAGAAAGGAUUAUAUUUGAGAGAAAAGUGAAAUGGAAUGAAGUUGUUUCCAAAUUUCCAAAAUAAGAAUCAAAUACACAACUAUAAUAUAGUUACACCUGUGUUGAUGAAAGCAUGCCAGUGACCUCAAAUCAGUUUGAAUGUUUAGAUAACAAUGGAGCAAUACCUUAACAUUAGCUACUAAACAUAGCUUAUUGAGAAACAUCUGUUAACUGUAACAUAAAGUCAUUUUCAUGUAUAUAGUAUAGUGUAGGGCCUCUAUUUUGUGGCCACCACAGUAUAAUUUUGUCUUGGGAUUCACAGGUUUAAGCCCUGCACAGUGUUUAGAGGGAUUUUGAGCUAUUUCUCUUCUAGAACAGUGGACAGGUCAUUAUGUGAUACUGGUGGUGGUUUCCUGACUCACUUGUCCAACUCACCCCAAAGUGGCUCAAAAAUGUUCUUAUCUGGUGACCGUACAAACAAUGGAAAAUGUUCAUUUUUAUGUUCACUGUCACCGGUCUUGGAAACCAAUUGCAGCCCAAAUCAUCGCUGUUAUUUAAAUGUUAUAGUAAAUGUUAGUAGACUCCUUUUAAUAUGAGUUAACCGAUUUAUAAUCACUAAGCAAUCUUUAUGUAAUCAUGCAUGCUACGCUGACUAAUUGUGUUAAAAUGAACUUAACUUUAACUCAAUCCAAGCACUAAAUCUUAUUAUUACAGUUUACUGCUAUUAUUAUAUGCCUAUAUAUUAUAUCUAAUGUUAUAAUUAUAUUUAAAAUAAAAUACAAAAUAAUAAUGAGUACUACACUUAGUAUUAAUCUUAGCAACCUAUGUGAUUUUGUUGUGGUUGUUGUUUUGUGUUUUCUAUUUAAUCAAAAUUCUUAAUUAUUCUAUUUUUCCGUUAUUCAAACUGAGAAAACCACAGAAAGAAAAUUUCUUAAAAAACCAAGACACACAUACAUAAUCGGCCCUAACAUUAAAUCCACUGGCCUUUUAUUGGGUAAAUCCUUCUUUCUGAGCCGUAGAGGCAUGGAAUCCACAAGACCUAUGAUGGUGUGUGUAUUUAUUUAUUUAUUCAUUUAAAUAUGUUUAUUGUUUAUCAUUCAAAAUACCAAUAGCACUUUUACGGCUGCUCGAGUCAUUUACACUAACAUUUAUUUACUAUGGUAAAAACUAACCAAUAUUGCACCAUUUUUUGCUUACUAAUAUUUAUUUAUUCUUCUUCAAAAUACUCAGAUUUUUGGUGGGCCAGUGUGACAGAGGGAUGAUCUGAAAGAAUUCAUUUAUUAUUCAGUUAUUUGAUUACUAAAAAUAUAUGUCACAUUAAUUGUUUUAACUUUAUUGUGGUUCGUAGUGAAUUGAUAUUGUAAUACUAUUGUAAUUCCAUUGCAGUAUACUGGAUCAUUUUAUUAUUACAUAUAAAAUAUUGUCACUCCUCAUGCACUUUGUUCAGUAAGACAUUAUAAAGACAGCUGGAUCCUCUGUGUAGCCUUGUGUGGACUCUGGCUACUGUACAUCCUCUGCCCCAUGUAGAUAAGGUAGAUAAGGUAAGCCUGCAUAACCUUUUUGUUAAAUGCAUCCUACAUAAUAAAAAGUUUCUCAUUUAUCUCCUUGAACGAAAGAAAAUAGUCAUGCCUCAGAAUUUUAAAAAGCUAAAAACAGCCAGGAUUGUUUUCAUUUAUUUAUUAAAACAUCUUAAAGAUUGCUGACACAUGAGUAACAUCAUAAAAACAAUGUGGUAAAGUCUUGUGAUUUGGUGUCAAUUGUCUAAUUUGUGUAAUUGUGUAAAUUGUAAAAUGCUAUACUACUAUAGGUUUGUUAUUAUUAUUAACCACAUGUGAAUUGUUUGAGUACAAAUCUAAAAGUAUGUAAUAUUGUGCCAAAUAAAAUAAUGUCUGUCUGUAUGUCUCUCUUUCUGUCACACAUAUAUACAUAUACAGUACAUACAUACAUACAUACACACAUACAUACAUACUACAGUCAUGUAAAAA